CGCCAGGUGCGUGUCGCCCUGGAGACGCUGAUCGUGGUGGUGGUGGUGGAAGCGCCUCCCCCCUCUGUCGCUCUCCUCUCAAUCCUCUUCACCCCCCCCCUCCAACUCGGUCUUGUUGCCAUUGCGCCAGCUGCUAUCGCCGAGGUAGAGGGAGACAAGUGGAGAGAGGAGGAUGCAAGUGGUCCGCGUCUGUGGGUUCCCGCGCAGACAAAGGGGAGUGCUGCUGCUGUGCAUGGCCCUGGCACUGCUCAUGGCCGUGAAUCUCCUCCAUUGGUGCGCAUCCACCAAGCGGCCAGAGGCACUGAGCAACAGCUUCCCCGAGACUGAGCCGCUGGCCUUGCGUCUCCGUGGCCUCACCGAGACGCUGGAGGAGCUCGACAUGAAGCUGCAGAGUGUCGGCGGCCUGAACUCGGCGCUCGCAUUCCUGCUGCAGCUCAACGCCACCCUGCACAGCGUGGAGAGCGGCGGAGUGGUGCGGGAGAUCCGGGCACUGGCAGGGAACGUCUCCCGGAUCCGGGAUGCGCUCGAAAAGCUCUCCGGGGACUUGGCACCACCACGGCGACGGAGCGCCAACAACGGGAACGACUGCGAUGUACCGAAGGAUCCGGACUUCCCGCUGUGUCAGCACAAAGUUGAGUACCUGCAGAGGGUGUGGGCGCAGGACCCGUGCUACGCGUUCUACGGGGUCGAUGGCUCCGUGUGCUCUGCUCUCGACUACCUCGGCACCGUCGAGCACUUCUGCCCGCCGCUGAUCCGUGCGCCGUCUGCCACCGGCGCCACCACCACCACCACGCCAGCCGGCGCCGCGGCUGCGGAGCUGCGUAGCGACGUGGAGCCGCUCGCCGCCGCCAUGGUGGCCGCUCACAGCCACCUCCCGGCCGUGACCUUCAUGGCUUCCCGGCUCCGGCGCAUGCGGAGGAUGUGGAAGAGCGCCGCCUCCAACGCCACCAUCGCCGCCCCCAGCACUCCGCGUGCGCAGAAGAAGGCACGAGUCUCCGCGGGUCUCUUAUAUAUUAAAAAAAAAUCCACCGUGGUUACCCCUAUCCAUCUCCACGAGCCUGCGGGAACUCCCUGUGAAUCCGGGCAAGCCUCCGUGCAAGCCUCCCCGAGUCUCCAGGAAGCCCUCUGCGAAUUCGUACGCUUUGUGUGUCGGCACGCUCCACGGCAGAUCCUCGUUCACCUGGGCCUGCUUGUCGAGGGCGAUGGCGGGGGGCUGUUCGGCGAGCAGGUGACCCGUGGGGGUCCCCUUGGUGAGCUGGUGCAGUGGGCCGAUGCUCUGGGGGCGCUGUACACGCUGGGCCACUCCAUCUCCCUGUCAAUGUCCCUCACGGAUCUCAAGAGGCUGGUUGCGGUGCCCCCUGGCAAGGGCAGCUGCCCCAUCACCACCCCGCUGCCCUUCGACCUCGUGUACACCGACUACCUGGGCCUCGCGCAAAUGAGCCGGAACAUGGGGCUCUCGUUCCGCGCGUAUGCCUGCCGCUACCGCGUGGUGGACUCGUUCGGCACGGAGCCAGCCUACAACCACGCGGCCUACGCAGAGAGGAUCGGCCUCAAGUCGGCCUGGGGCUCCUGGGGCCUGCAGCCACAGCAGUACCUCACCAUGUUCCCACACACGCCAGACAACUCAUUCCUGGGCUUCGUGAGCGCCAUCCCAGAGGAGGAGGAGGCCGCAGAGACGCCAAAGGAUGCCCGCAUGGCGCUCGUCUACGGCAAGGCAGAGUCCAUGUGGCAGGGCAAGGAGCCAUACCUGCGAGUCAUAGCAGAACAGAUGGAUCUGCACGCCACGGUGUACCAGCCGCCGGGAGCCAUCUCCACGUUGCCUGCUUUCGUCACUAACCACGGCCUCCUGGCCCAGCCACAGCUGCAGGCACUGCUACAGCGAGCCAAGCUGUUCGUGGGGCUGGGCUUCCCUUACGAGGGUCCGGCCCCGCUGGAGGCGAUCGCCAGUGGCUGUGCUGUGCUCCUGCCACGGUUCAGCCCCCCACACUCGUCGAACCACACAGCCUUCUUCCAGGGCAAGCCCACCGCUCGCCUGCUGACGUCGCAGCACCCGUAUGUGGAGACGUUGGUGGGGCGUCCGCACGUGUGGACCGUGGACGCGAGCGACCCGGCCGAAGUGGCGCGCGCCGUGCGGGCGAUCGCCCACUCCUCAGUCACGCCCCACGUCCCGCUCGAGUUCACCGCUGAGGGCACACUGCAGCGCGUGGACGCCUACCUGCGUCACCAGGACUUCUGUGCACCUGGGGCACUGCGUGCAUGGCCUCCUCACUCAGCGCUGCGUGCAGUGACGACACCAUCGCGGGGUGAGGAUGGAGAGGACUCGGCGGAGGCUGCUGUGGCGGUGUCGUGCGUGGACGCGUGCGCCGCACGGGGCUGGGUGUGCGAGCCGGCGUUCUUCCAGCUUCUCAACUCCCCAGGAGCGCUGAACAGGCUGGGCAUACGAUGCGAUGCACUGGAGGAGGGGGAGAGCCACCUCUACCCGGCGUUCCUCCGCUCCCAGCACCGCUGCUUCCUGCAGAAGGAGCCGCUGCUCUUCAGCUGCGCUGGGGCCGCGUGGGGCAGGGUCUGCCCCUGCCGCGAUUUUCUCAAGGGGCAGCUAGCGCUGUGCCACGAUUGCCUCUGAUGCCUCUUCCUCACACCCUCCCCCGGUUUUUCCCCGACUCCACAAACAGAGCCAUGCCGAGCCAGCCUGGAGGCAGCAGCAGCGGCAACUGCAGUAGCAGCAGUGUGCCGUGACUGCUCGCUUUCAGUCCAGCCCGAUUAGGCAAAGUCCCCAGUGGAAAAAAACCCACCGCUACUGUGCUGGCCCCGCGGUGGCUCGGCUCGGAUAUGCCAGUGGGAAAUGUGGCCUGAAAGGCUCCACUACCACAGUCUGUUUCUCCUAUAACUCCGCAUGUUGUUGUUUUCAUUAAGCCAUUUGGGAUGUAACGCGAUGAUGAAUGUAGUUAGGGACUAAGCGGUAUUAACGGCUGCCUCGGCGUAGCAUGAUCGCACACAAGACAUUGUGAUGCUUCUAGAUGCUACGACCCAGACGCCUCAGUCUUUGCUUGGCCUGUGUACGCAUCUCCCUGUUAUGGCAGACUGUGCUUUUCUCCCCUAUAUUAUAUAUUAUUUAUAAAAACGCGAUUUUUCCAUAAUGCGGUGUUCUUCAGGAACGACGCAACUACUCCCGCAUUAUAGGAGAACAGACUAUUUAUACCACUUUUUUAUUUAUUUAUUGAGCCUAUGUAGCUCUUUUUCAGAAGUGACCUGGCUAUCACAGAUAGCUCAACUAAGUGGAUUAUCAUGUGCACAUUUCUAGCAAAUACUAUAAAGGCACGUUUCUAAUUGAAGAGGGGAAAACCGGAGGACCUGGAGAAAAAUCCACACAACCAUGAGGAAAACAUGUAAAUUUCAAAUAUACAACAAGCAUCAGGGUCGGGAUCGAACCCACGACCUCCUGUAUACCAGGCGAGGUAGUUAACAUCUCCUAGGUACCGUGGCGAGAUGUUAACCGUCGUCCCCUACACCUUUCGCUGAACGUUCACUAGGUGGCUGGCAGGCCCGAGCAGGUGGCACCAUGGACUCGUCGCUGGACCUACACUGGGAUGUGGUGUGCCACGUGGCGGUGACAUUUUUGCUGGUGGUGGACCCAGACAGCUGGUGUGAAGCCAGUGCUGGCCCACUCCCUGCUCUCCUGUCGGCUCUGGAGAUGCUGCUGCUGCUGUUGAUGAUGCUGCUACUACUGGUCAGGGAAACUGCCAUCAAAUCUUAUUUAUUGUAUUUCUGUUUAAGGAGUAGUAGGGCUUUAAUCUUGAUUUGAAGCUUUCGUGACUGCAGGUCCAUACUCUGUGGUUCUUUCGGUAAAGUCACGUGGGUAGAAAAUAAGAGAUCACGACGUUUUGAUCGCAACACAAGCAAUCGUCAUCAGGUGAGACAAUUACAGCAGGAGAACUGUUGAAGUAGGCGAGAGAGCUCCCGAGUAUCGUAGGGCUUUGGCGACAUAAUAUUAUCCAUAAACGGUUUUGGGGGGGGGGGUUAUAUGUCAUAAAUAUACAUGUGUUGUGAACCUGCCACCACCCAACACAGCCAAUGAAUACGGUUGUCACAGGGCUCCUGGGAGAAUGAGAGGCGGAUUCUGCUCUUCCCUCAAACUUCGCGACCUGCCCCCUACAAAUACCGACUGUAAUCACCCACGAAUGUCUGUCCUUAACGCUCAUGACGUCACUCCACAUUGACCAGCCCCCAUAAUUAAUAUUAAUGAGCAGGUGACGUCCUCCAAAUGGACACCCCCCAUUAUUAUUACCUACGAUGAGCCAAAAAUGUCUGUGUGCAACACUCGUGACGUCACUCCGUCAACCAGCCCCCAUUAAUAAUCAUGAGCAGGUGACGUCACUCCACAUGAGGGGCCGAGGGAAGCCUCCCCCCAUGGCGUCCCUCACUACAAAGGCAGAACCCUCACGUCACGCGAUGUCCGUGACGCUGCUGAGACAUGAAAGUCAAAAGGACGUCAUGAUGCACAAGGGAUUAUAACCUUUACAUGAAAUGUCUAUCACCGCGCCCUUACAAAUUGAUGCAAUGAAUAUCACGCCACGGACUGAUUUUCGCUUGAAAGUUUCAGAUUUACUGCAAUACACCCGUCCUUGGACGGGCAGAAGGCGAGUUGUAAUAAUUAUUGCCAGCCAGGGCAUUCUUUGCCCGUAAUGGGGGAUUUUGUGAUGUGGGUGGGUUGUGUGGGGGGGUUGCCACACGAUUAACUGAAGUCUCAGAUACUCGUCUUGAAGAGGUAUAUCUGUAUUAAUAUCGGCCGGACACAGAGGCUUUGAAAUAAACUUGAGUGUAUCUACA